CUACUCCGUGGUCUUGUCAAGUACUACCUCAAAAGUGGUUUCGAAGAGUUAAAAGGGCCCGUCACCAUUGUAACCGGAAAGAAGCGAAGAGUGCAAUUCAUAGAAGUUAAGAACGAUAUCAAUCAUAUGAUAGAUGUGGCAAAGAUUGCUGAUUUGGUUCUGUUGAUGGUAGACGCCUCAUAUGGAUUUGAGAUGGAGACUUUUGAAUUCCUAAAUAUAUGCCAAGUCCAUGGUAUGCCACGAGUUCUUGGUAUCCUCAAUCACCUGGAUUGCUUGAAGGGUCUGAGUAAAGUGAACAAGACAAAAAAGAUCAUGAAGCAUAGAUUUUGGACAGAAAUCUACCAGGGAGCCAAGCUGUUUUAUCUCACGGGCAUGGUCCAUAACGAGUACAAGAAGAAUGAGCUGCAUAAUCUGGUUCGCUUCGUAUCAGUUACCAAAUUUCGCCCUCUUGUCUGGAGAGACGCUCAUCCUUACGUUCUCUGUGAUAGAUACGAGGACAUAACCGAUGCUGAGCUUCUGCGAGAACAUCCUAAAGCGGAUAGGACAGUUUGUCUUUAUGGCUGGGUUCAUGGAGCGCAUUUCAAGAAUCACUCAGCGGUCCAUAUUCCUGGCGUGGGCGAUCUUCGCGUGAAAGACGUGAGCUUUUGUGUUCCAGAUUCUGUAAAUUUAUGGCUUUAUGAAUUCUACUAG